CCCUGCAGCCUGCGUCCGCCGGGACGGGGCGCAGGUAAAGGGUUACGCGUGGCUGGGAGGCUCGCCCGCUGCCCGCCCACGUGACGCGCCGGCCCAAUGACCGCGGCCCGGCUGUGGCUGCAGCGCGGCGGGCUCCCGGCGGCGGCACUGAGCCACACUCGCGUGUCCCGGCGCGGACGCCCGAGGCCCCCCCGAAGCCAUGGGCGCCCCGACCCUGGAGACGCCGCCCCGCCGCAGGAAGAGAAGUUAAACACCCAGAGAAGCCCUAAUGGACAAGCUCCCCGGCAGGGCUGCUUCAUCCUUCCAGAUUCGUGCUGUCUACCUGUCUACCCUGCCUGCCACUGAGUUGGAUAGUGUGAGGACCUGGCCAUCUAGCCACUCUGUAUCCUUCACUGCUGUGGGCCCACAUGUGUCCAGGGACCUCGUUUCAUCUCCAUUUCAGUCUCCUUUCAUGGCUACGUCCUGGACCGUUCCAUCAACCGUGGGUUCUCAAUAAUAAGAUGGUAACAAAAAAUAAUCCAGAUGGGGUGCAGGUGCUGUAAGAUGAUACAAAGCUAUCUCUUUGAUCCAGUUCAAGUGCCCUCCCCUGGGUUCGUCAACGAAGUGAACACCUGCAGGUUGGAGGAGGAGGAUGACACUGUCAGACUAAAAGGCACCCAGAACAGAGAGGUUGAGGUGCCCGGGAAUGCCCUGCAUGGUGGGAGCCUGAUCAAGACGGAGAACAGAGACGGUACAGCUGGUCUACCUCGCCAAGGCCCGCUCCCUCCGGAGGACUCGGAAGAGAGACACUGUGCGGAGAAGCAUGGUAUUGUCAAUGGUAUCAGCCCCACUGCCUCUCUGCAUUUGGUCAGGAGUCCCAGGCCCCACCAGGUUGACGGUGGCUCCUGGGCCAGCAGCUCCUGGGCAGGCACCAUAGACGGCACUCACCCAACUCAACCCUUCCUUGAAGGAGAGGCCUGCAGGAAGCAGAGCUGCACCGUGCCCACCUCCUCGGAAGAGACCCAGGUGGUGGGAUGUGGAGACUGCGGGGUCCCCGCUGAGGUCUUGGCAGGGGCAGACCACGUCCUACACUUACCAGCCCCGGAUUACCCCCAGCUCUGGAGCCCCACCCUAGACCAUGCAGACCCUGAAGAAAAGGAUUAUCUUUUUGAGAACCACUCUGAGGUGGAGCCCCUGCCGGGAAUUCACCCCAGGGUGAGUGAGCAGGAUCUGAGCCUGCCCUUCUCCCUGAAGAGAAGCUGGGACUCCCUGAAUGAGGCGGUGACUACGGAAGUUCUGAAUGUCUACUUUAAAGAGGAGGGUCCCACUCACCCCCCGCCAGCGGCUGAUUCUCGGAAUGAGCCGGAAGUCCCCCACAGCUACAAUGAGGACAGAGAUGGGGUGGUGGUCGAUGAGGACGCUGAGGUGGCCGAAGCCCUGGCAGCAUUAGAAGCUGCGACUGCAGGAGAAGAUGCAGAGGAGGCAGAUUAGGGUGAGGGGCUAGGUGAAAGGCUGGGCGAAGCAGGGGCGGGGCAAGUGAGGUGCAGUCACACGGAGCAGACAGAGGCAAAUGGACGGAAGCAGAGCUAACCACUCAGCAGGCGUGCCCAGGCAGCCUCGCCAGCCGCACCACGUGUUUACAUCCGUUCUCUUCCCAUCGCCAGGACCUGCGCCACCCUGCCUGCCUGCCUGCCGUGGGCAAGCAUCCCUCUGGGUAGCUGGACCCUGAUUCAGAACGCUAGGUUCAAAGUCAGCGUGGGCCUCCGUGUCCAGGUCCACCACACAUGCAGACGUUAAGCAGCUUGCUUGCCGGCCCUGGAAGCUCCCCCAGAACAUCUGUCCAGAUGUGCAUGAGAAUGCCCUGAUAUCCCCACACCUGAUCCCAGGGGGGGCACACAAAUAUGGGCCAUGCUGUUUGAAUGUAUUUCUUUACCUUGUUUUUGAGAGCCAAAUACUUCCCCCAACCUAGAAAGGGUAACUAUCCACUUAAAGUGCCUACUGUGUGCCAGAGCUUAACUUCAGGGACAGUCCACCCAGGGAAUCUACUAACUAACCACUUGUUGAAUGUCAGGUUAAGCUUUGUGGCCUUCGGGGUGGAACAGAUGUGACCAGUGAACCAAUGGUUAGGCCUCAGCUGUGCUAUGAAAACACCUUGACCUUAACUUUUUUUACACUAUUACUUUUUAAUCUCCUUUGGGAUGCGGGAGGCUGGCCAAACUACUUCUUAAAACGAGUGUCGUGUUUUAGUUUCAAGUUCAUGAGUGUCUUGGAACAGCAAAGCCAUUUACGGAGGGGUUUGGGUCAUUAAAUGUCUGGUUCCCAUUAAAGCGUCAUAGCAUUA